UCGACGACCCGCCGCCGCACGCCGCCCUCGACCAGCCAACCCGCCGCCCUCGACCAGCCGCUUAGAGAGAUAGGUAUUUCCUCAGUUGAGUUAUUUCCUGCAGUUCCGCUUAGAGAGGAUCGUCCUCACGACCAUCUCGGAGUCAGUUAUCUCUACAUGGAUCCUCACCAAUUGAAGACAAUGCUUGCGAUGGAUCUGGUGAUGAUGAGAUCGAGCACGAGAGGAUGUCUGUAUCUUCUCAGUCAGAGAUGGCAUGUCUCCGCCCAUGGACUCCGCCAAAAAGAUUAUGAGAAACCCGGUAGGCAUGGGAGUGAGGAAAAGACGAAAGUACCUCCGAAAGGGUACCGGGGCAUUUUGGAGUGGAAAGACAACAUUCCUGUUGGGGAUUGGGCUGUCAGAUUUAAUAACUUCAUUGGCUAUUUAAUAAGAGAUCCACGCUCUAUUAAUAUUGCUCAUAAUUUUGAGGAGCAAGAAUUUAAAUGCAUAAAAAAGAUUUGGGAGAAGUUCAUGGAUCAUUAUUGUCUUGAAGACAACCCAGAGUCUUGGGAUUAUGUUAUCCCGAAAAUGGCCAAGCUUAUUCGGGGUUGGAAGAGUGAUCUAAAGAAAAGAUAUUUCACAAAUUUAUCUACUGAUUGGAAGAUGAUCUAUGAGCUUGAUAAGAAAGUUCCUCCAUUUAAUUGGAUGACUCUCAUUAUCGAGUGGGAGGGUGAGAAGAAGAAAAUAUGUGAAACGGCAUUGGCGAAUCGUAGAUCAAAGCUAUACGAUCACUUUUUAGGAGCUACUUCUUAUGCUCAGAUCGAGCAUAAGUAUUUGAGCGAAAACCCGGACGCUUUGACUAUGCCCCCGACUCUUCUGGCUAAAAGAGCUUAUACACCACCCUAGGGCUAUGAAAAUGUUGAUGGAAAUGACAAAAUGGUGGAGAAAAUUAAUGAAUUGAACGCGGCGCUAGAAGCUUCUCAAAACGAUGUCUUCACCCGUGUCACGCAGUCUCGAAGUACAGAGGACACUCCUGUAGAGCCUAACCGCAUGACCAGAGACGAGUGGA